UCAGUACCAAAAGCGGUAACCCCGAGCUACACUCGGGCUUACCAUGCGGCGUUGCUCAGGGAUUCCCUGCAGCGCUUACCUUGUCCUUCGCUCCCACGAUGCGUCCCCUGCAGCAUCCCCGGCCAUCUCCUCUGGCCGAUGCCGGUAUCUGGCUUCCGUGUUCCGGGCCCUGCGAGCGUCGGUACGUACGGGGGCCAGGACGGCGGCAAAUUUAAACAUUUUUAGAAACUGUCAUUUUCUUAGAAAUGAAUUUCACAUAUGCUUUGUCCUGUGCCCUGCCUGCAUUUUUACUGUUCUUUCU